GAACUCUUGGGUUGUGACAUUAAAAUUUUGUGAUGAUCUGAUUGUGCGUGAUGCGGGCGGCCAAGGCGAGACUGCCGUCCGCCGGUGAAGCAGAAUGACUAGGGUGUUAACCUUGCUCUGAUACCAUGUUCUCUUACAUGCUAUAGUGGCUAGCAAAAUGCCAACUGAGAGAGAACUAAUGGUCCAAGAUUUAGGUGGUAUCCCAAGACUGAAGAGAUUGAAUUCCUCUCAGGACACUUUUUUCAGAAAAGCAGAAUGAUUUUGGCACUCGGGGAGGUCGGAUGUUAAGUAAAGAUGUAUCAGAUUGCCAUCCAGCAUUCAGAAACUGCCGAGAACCCUCCCAAAUCUUUUAAGGAUUGGUAUAAUCUUGAGAAAUCUAAACGGGUGAAGGCAUUUCGUUUUGGGGAGUAUGAUGAGAGCAUUGAAACAGCCAAAGCUUCAGCAGCUAAUUCUUUGAAGAAAGCAGUGAAGUAUGCUCGGCGGGAAGAUGCCAUUCUUCAUGCUCUUGAGCUUGAAAGUGCUCGCCAAUCCAAAGAUCGUCCAGACUUCUGCUCAAAAAUGGAUAAAUCUGGUGGUGAGCGACUUCUUGUCAAUGAAUCACCAACAAUAUCUCAUUCUAGCAAAGAAACUGAACAUAUGGAUGAAGAAUCAGUUAGUUUUGAUGGCGAUUCUAGUUCAGCACAGGAAUUGUCUCAGUCUGGUGUAUCAUUUGAAGAGCCAAAUCAGGCCUGUGCUUCUAGAAAGCAAUCUGUGCAGGGGAGGCAAUGGCGUACCCCAAAUGAUUCAGAGGAUGAUGGAACAGAGGGAGUUAGGCGUAUGAGAGGGCUUGAGGAUCUGGGGAUGGGUGUAGUGUCAUCAUUGAAAAGGAAGAGAUCUCAAGUGUCUCAUGUUCACGAGUUCUUAAAACGGAAACAUCGUUGUCGUCCCUUGACAGAGGUUUUGGAGAGUAUAGCUAUGGUGCCUGUUCCAGUUAUGUGUGAGCAACUUCCGAGUCCAAGUGGAUCACCUCUCCCAGGAGUAUCUGACAGCAAGGUUUCUGGACUAGAGUCAAAUGAAUCAAAGAGAAGUUUCUCAAUGGUACCUAAUAAUAACUCUGAUAGUACGGGAGUUUCUUGUGAAAAUGGAAUCUCAUUGAAUGCAUCUGGACAUAUUUCUGAUGCAUCUCUUAUUAGUUACAAACAAAAGGAGAAUGAAAUUUCCAGCAUGUCAGGGGUACCUGAGAAUGAUUCUUCUGACAAAUUAUUUGACGUGCCAUUUGUUGGGGAGGAAAAGCACCUUGGAGGUAUGCUUGAUCAUAAAUGUGAACUAGCCCAUAGAUUUUUUUUUUAAUAUUUUGUAUCUUUCUUCUCUCUGUGUCUAUUUUCUAUUCUAAUUUUCAGUAUGAUAUUCCCUGUGUCAAUAGAAUGACAAACAAGCACAAUUUAUGCUCUUUCAUCCCUUGUCUUGUGAAAAGUGGGCUUGAAACCAUCAAUGUUUAUUUAAUGAUAAUUAAUAUGAUCACUGAACUAUAUUUUUGAUUCUAGGAAGCCAAUAAUACCCAUUUUCCCUGA